AUGGCGGAACAACAACAGCAGCAGCCAAACUUGAUAGCACAGGUUUCCCCCGGUCCACCAUUAUUUUGGAAGCAAUUUACUAUUGAUAAUCUUGAACGGAUAGAAAAGCUACGCGCGGAAAAGUUCCCAAACUACAAGGGCGCCGACAAUUUAUCCUACAAGCUUCCUCCUCGUAUUCAUGACGUUCCCGCCGACUUGCGAUUUCUGCAACCUCCAGAACCACCAGCGACUGGAGUUUACAGAACAUUUGGACAAACCCGACAAAUUAAAAAUGAGCUUCCUCCUCUUGAAGAGGGCAUUGAGCAAAUAUAUACACCACCUACCACACCAACAGGAAACGGAAAGCAUGAGGAUCGCAAAUUGAUUCUCAAACGAUUCGCAAAGUCAUUACUAUUGAACUUCUUAGAAUUGGUUGGUACAAUGAGUAUUCAUCCAGAACAGAGCCACGAAAAGAUAGGGGAUUUGCAUACUAUAUUCGCCAAUUUCCAUCAUCUGCUGAACGAAUAUCGACCAUUCCAAGCACGAGAAUCAUUGAUUGCAAUGAUGCAGGACCAAUUAGACAAAUCCAGAGCGGAGACUGAGGGCAUCAUGAAAAUGAAGGAGAAGGUUGAAGGAAUGCUAGAAGGUUUUUUCGAGAUCAAACUAGGAGACGAGGCGAAUGCCAGCAGUCAAGAACAUGAGAACGUAAUAGAGGACGAUGGGAAAGACAUUUGGGAGCAAUUGGACCUGGAAUUUGGCUGAAAGGUGAUUGUCCAGACGAUUCCAGAAGCCCGGGAUAGAACACAGCCAUCUGCUAGUGCCACGCGUCAAGAUGUUGCUGCACUGUUCCGAAACAAAAGAUUAUCGGAUAAGACGCGUCUACUGGGGCGUUGUCAAUUCCCUCGAAAUAUCAUCUGUGAAAGACCGACAUAUAAAUUCUACAAUGGUAAGGCUUAGCCACCAUAGCCUCACGGGCUAGAACCGCUUCUGGUACCGACGAGUUGAUCUCAAUUGUUAGAUGGCUUGGUAUCUUGGUUGAACCUAAGCUCCCCUGUUCGUCCCAAUAAGAAGAAAGAAGGUAGACCAGCACGGAGGUAGGAAUUCACAGCCACUUGGCAGCUCUUGAGACCUAGUCGGACGAGACAACUGAAUAAAUGCUCGGGUACAAGGAUGUUUUUAAUGCUACAUAGCAAUCUGGAAUUGAUAAACCAACCCCCUGAAACCAGAAACUUAACCAAGGUUCACUUGUCUGCAAGGAAAGUUAUAAUGAUUGUCCGCUAAUUGCGCCCCCACUAUUACAUCGUCCAAAAUGACGAUGAGCCAAUUACUAGGCGCGUUCCAAGCUUCCAAGAUUCAUGCC